UGACCUCAUAUGUCCUGUAGAGGAGGUGAAGGGGGGACCUGUCCUACCCGGUGCCAGGAGCCAAAAGGGCAAAGUGCAAAAUAGCAGCCAAGGAAAGGAGAGGACACAGAUUAAAACUGUGCCACAGGCUUAUUUAAAAACAAUCCAGCAGCUCUCCCUUAGCAGAUAUCAUCGAUUGAAACACUGGCUCUCUGCCUGUGGACCUCUGUCUGAGCCCAAGACUGGAAGACUGAUUGUCCACCUGAAUCUCAAUAGGUAGUCCUAAGUGUUGUGGUGUGGUCUGGUAGUAAACAUGACGACUGCGGAGCAACCUAAUGGACUGUGGCAUCGAAACAUCAAGGCCCAUCAGUCGGAUGAGACCUCCGGUCGUGAUGGGAGUUGUAACAAUGUACAAAAUGAAGAAGAGCUAAGACAGUGGCAGAAACAUGCACAGAAGGUGAAGAAGAAGAUCUUGGAGCAGGUGCAUGAUCAGCUCAGUGAUUUACUUGAAAAAGCUCUGACUGAGUCAGUCCAGCCUGUGACUCAAAUACAGAAAAAAAUACCAUUGAAUAAUAUACCAUCCAGAUCUCAGAGGAUGGAUGACGGCAAGGUGUUUAUGGAAAGACCGUCACUGCUGGAUGAGCUGUUUGAGAUCAACCACAUCAGGACCAUCUACCACAUGUUCAUCGCUGUACUCCUCAUCUUCAGUCUGAGCACACUGGCUGUCGACUACAUCGACCAGGGCAGGUUGGUCUUGGAGUUUGACCUGUUGUUCUUUGCCUUUGGGAAGCUGGGGACGGCCACCUGGGCCUGGUUUGUGAUGUUUGUCUACACCCUGCUCGUUCCCUACUUCACCCUGGUGAUUUGGGGAUCUUUGUACCACAGCUUCCCCUCUAAAUUAGGGCUGUCUCUUGUCACGGGCCUGGUCCUGUCUGCAGUGCAGACCUGCAUACUGGGACUGUUCCCCAUCUACGUGGCUGUGCACUACCAGCUUCCACCUGCCUCACGGUUAAUUGUGAUUCUGGAGCAGAUUCGAUUCUUGAUGAAGAGCUACUCGUUCAUGAGAGAAACCGCUCCUGUGAUUAUGAAGAAUACUGCAAAGGAAGGAGAAAGUCCCAGAUUCCCAACAUUUUCCAGCUAUUUGUACUUCCUUUUCUGUCCAACGCUUAUCUACAGGGAAUCAUACCCUCGGAAUACCCACAUAAGAUGGAAGUACGUUGGCAUCACACUCGGCAUGAUCUUAGGAUGCCUGUUUUACGGCUACUUCAUCCUGGUCCGUCUUUGUGUGCCCGUCUUCAGACCUGAGAACAACCAGCCUCUGAGUAAACGAUCAAUGGUUUUGGCCGUGUUCCACUCAAUAUUACCAGGUAUAAUGAUCUUUCUGUUGUGUUUCUUUGCCUUCCUGCACUGCUGGCUCAACCUCUUCGGGGAGCUGCUGUGUUUUGCUGACAGAAUGUUUUACAAGGACUGGUGGAACUCAACGUCUUUCGCCAACUAUUACCGUACCUGGAAUGUAGUUGUUCAUGACUGGCUUUAUUACUACGGAUACAGAGACUUCCUCUGGCUGUCAAACAGGAAAUUCCGAACAGCCGCCAUGCUCUCUGUGUUCAUUGUCUCUGCUGUCGUCCAUGAGUAUGCCUUGGCCAUUGGCUUCGGCUUCUUCUAUCCCGUCAUGUUCUGUCUCUUUGCCCUCUUCGGAGUGAUGUUCAACUUUGCCAUGAACGACAAGCGACAGAGCCCUGUGUUUAACGUCAUCAUGUGGGCGUGUCUCUUCCUCGGUCAGGGUGUCCAGAUGUGUCUGUACUGCCAGGAGUGGUACGCCCAGAUACACUGCCCUCGGACAGGGAAUAGCUUCUGGGAGUUGGUGACACCUCGAUCGUGGUCCUGCAGCAACCAGAGCUAAUGCUUCUUUUCUCCUACACUGGAGGGAUAAAUGAUGAAAGGAUGGAGAUCUGAAACCCACGAUUGACUGAACACAGGAGAGAGCAAGGAACUUGAAAGACGUAAAUAUAUAAGGUUUUCUGGGGGUUUUUGUGUGUAAAGAUUUCUUUGUCUUUACCUUUGUCUUUAUGUUGUUAUUUAGGUGUGAUGUUAUCCACAAGUCUAUGACCUCUGAAUUAUUCCUAGUUUUUAUUUGUACUAAUAGUAGGAAAUACUGUUUAAUAAUUGAGGCUGUGUAAAACGUCCUUUAAAGAUUAUUAUAAUAGCCUGAUAGAAUAUUGUACUGUAAGCAAAUUGUUGCACAUUAAUAGAUUGUAUUGGCAG